AUGGCCAGCAGCAAAGUAGUUAAUCUUUUAUCAAUUGUCUUGCUUUGCAUUACAAUAGUACAAGGAAGAAAAACACUUAACACUAGCAUUGAAUUUUCACCAUCGUCUCUAGUUAACAAUGAUGAUGGUGUCUGCAAGAGUAUGAUAGAGACACAAGGUUACACAUGUGAAGAACAUAAGGCUACAACAUCGGAUGGCUUCAUCCUGAGCAUCCAGAGAUUGCCGGCAGGGCGGUCCGGUGAGAAAGCAAACAAGCCACCUGUGCUAAUACAUCAUGGUCUCUUUUCUGAUGGUGUAAUAUGGCUGUUGAACUCACCCGAUGAAUCAUUGCCAUUUAUUUUAGCAGAUAGUGGUUUUGAUGUGUGGCUUGGUUACUGGGAUUGGUCAUGGGAUGAAUUAGCUAGCAAUGAUCUUCCUGCUUCAAUGCAAUAUGUUUACGAUCAUACCAGUCAAAAAAUACAUUAUGUAGGUCAUUCACAAGGAUCUUUAAUAGCUUUUGUUGCUUUUUCUCAAGGAAAACUUCUUAAUAUCACAAGAUCAGCUGCAUUGUUAAGUCCAAUUGCUCAUAUGAGACACAUUACUUCAGUGGCAACAAAACUUGCUGCUGAACUUCUUUUAGCUGAUGAUUUACGUUGGUUAGGCAUAAAAUUCCUUCCUACUUCGGGUCCUGGAUCAUGGUUUUUGAAUCUCAUCUGUGAGAGGCUACACCUAGACCGCGCAAUUCUAAUGUCAUAUUUCACAGGUCCGAAUUAUUGUUUAAAUACAUCUAGGGAGCAAUACUAUCUCGAACAUGAACCACAAGCAACAUCAACAAAGAAUUUGAUCCAUUUUUCUCAGAUGAUCAGAAAAGGAACAAUAGCAAAGUAUGAUUAUGGUAUUUUUAAUUGGCAACACUAUGGUCAACUAUUACCUCCAGAUUAUGACCUUUCUCAAAUUCCAAAUGAUUUGCCUCUUUUUCUUGGAAUUGGAAAGUUAGAUAUGCUAUCUGAUGAAGAAGAUGUAAACGAUUUGCUCAAUUUCGAGUUCAAAAAUCACGAUGCUAACAAGCUUGUGAAAGUGGUAUUGGAAAAUUAUGCUCAUACUGAUUUUACUUUGGGUGUCAAAACUAAACAAGACGUUUAUGAUCCCAUGGUAGAUUUUUUCAAUGCUCAGUGAUAUUUAAUGGCAUUAUUAUGCUUCAAAUAAUGGUGCACACACAUAUAUAUAAUGUUUGUGUGUUAUAUUUCUAUCCACACUAAAAAUAAAAGGAAAA